UCACACCAGCUUACAAUUUAACACACAACUCUCUCUCUCUCUCUCUCUCCCCUCUCCUCUCCUCUCCUCUCUCCUGGCUCCCUUUACCAAACAAGGCUUCAAUCAUCUCUACAAAAGGACAUCUGUAAUUCUCCUUUCUCUCUCUCCACCGUCUGAUCCCCGUAGUCAACUUCACAAUCAAACGUCUCAGAUACUUUUUCAGUUUAUUUCUCUUUUACCAUUCCAAGGGCUCAAUGCAGAGAUGUAAUGGAGCUAAUAAAAUUGUACCAUCCUAUGGGUAGGCGGCACCUCUAUGGUGCUUUUCCCAUUUCUCCACUUUUAAUCAUCAAAAGAAUAAUAAUGUUUUUGCCCUGCUCUGGGUUUCUCCACCCUCCUAUAGGUAUAGGUGGCCAGCGAAUGCAGGUUAAUUGAUGCUUUGUAUAUCUGUUUUUGAUUUAUUAUCAGGUACAGGUGAGCAAGGAACUGGUCUCCAGAGGAUCUCUCCCUCUCUCCACAUUCCUUAAAGCAUUUCUGUUUUGCCAAACAAUCUUCAGUCUUGAAGCAUGUGUAAACUUUAUGCACCCUGUCUAUAGAGUCACUAAAUCUCAUAGCAUUUCUAUGAGGUUUAAGGUUUCCUAAGUAGAGCCUUUGAAAACAGCCGGAGCCCUUUGCCUCAGCUCUUCUUAUAUGUACUUCCAUGGGUUCUUUAAUUAAAAUCAUUAGUCACAGCCAACUAAAUUCUAAAAGAUUUCUGCAAUUUGGUAUAUAGGAAGUUUAUCUUUUAUUGUUAUAAGUAUUGAUCUAAAGUGCAAGUGGUAUUGCCUUGCAGGCACUUAUGGUCUCAUUGAUCACUUGAAGGGGAUUUUCAUUUUUGAAUUCCUGUAUUUCACAUAAAUUUCAUGAAUACAUGCUGCUGCAAUAACGUGCUAGAAAUGAAUCCUUGUCCUGGGAGAUCGAAUUGUGGGGCCUGUUAGAUGUAUUACUCUGAUUUGAGGGUUAUAGUCUCGUUCACAUUGGGGAUAACUACAAAAUUGCCUUACGAUUCAAGGCCUGAAGAUUUUUCAAUGCUCCAAUUAAUCUUUUAUAGUGCAGUUUCAUCUGGAGGAUGUUGUGAGCUUAGAAUUAGUUUCUGUACCAAAUACCACUAGUGUGGAUGGAGUGAGCAUUUUAGGUCACUACAUUGAAAAAUGAAAGGGCUCUUGUGCAUUUGAGUGAUAGUAAUCUCACACCACUGAGGUUACUAUCUUUCACAAUGUGAUGUUUAUUUAGAGUGGCUCGCCUUUUGAGGCUCUUACCAAAAUAAAGAGAUCAUCAAGUUCUUGAUCCUUAUGGUGAUAGUUUUGUAUUUGAAGAAGUGUCUGGCGGCAUGGUUGCGGAGACUUGCUUGAUGAAGAGGAGUAUUUCAUUGCAUAGUGGAAUUCUGAUGGUAGUACAGAAGAUAUAACUUGUCAGGAUUGGGAGAAUGAUGGUUGUUUCCUGGAUUUGAGAAAUCUCCAUUGAAAUGCUAAAGUGAGAGAAAAAAUGUGAAAUGAGUGGCCGGAGUCCCUCAUAGAUGUUUGGAAAAAGGAUUUUGUCUCAGUUAUCUGAAACAUUAUUUGAUUGCGGCGGCAUUUUGGGACACGUGUUUCUGAGGGGAUGUUAUUCUAUGUGCUCCUUUAGAUGUUCUCUUCCUUUAUAUGGCUGAUGUGAUGCCAUUUGUCCAUAUCAAUAUGCUGUCAAGAUAUUACUUUGGUGCAUCUAGGUUGUUGCAGCCUUCACAUAAUUUUCCAAUCCAAAGCAAUUCAGUAGUAUUUCUUUAGCAAGCAGUAAAGGCUUUUCUUUUGAAGGGUGAAGUUUUACGUAUCUGUUUUUUAACUUCGACAAAUUUGCUAAUCUGCUACUAGGGAUGAAGAGGUGGUACGUUGCCUGUAGAAUCCCUUAUCUACAGAGAGAGAGUCACAAUUGGACUUUGAGUAGUAGUUAUGUUAGCAUACAAAGACAGGAUCUGGAUGUAUGUAACCAUUUUUCUUUUUCACACAUUUUCGUUUCCUUCUUGAUGAUGUAAGAUACGAGGGCCUUAUUUUCCCUUCUUCUAUUAUUAUUGUUCUGUCAUAUUUUUCUUGGAAUUUUCUGUGUUAUCCAUAGGAUAUUUGUCCCAGGAACAAUGUAAAGUUUGUAAGCCUGCUUAUUUAAGAGGCAUUAAGACAGAAUGAACUAGUUAUUGUUCCCAGUUUUUUGUUAUUUUUUUUAUGGCAGUAGGGGAUCAGUAGAAGUUCAUUUCUCUUGAAUUUGUUAGUAUGAUUUCUGUUUUCUCAGACCAUUAGAUUUUAGUUCAUCAUAUUUUUUCUUAGAAGUUCAUUUUUUUUCUUUCUUGUUCUAGAUGUGAUUAUAUUUUCAUAAAUUACCUUCCUCAACUCUGUUUUUCUCUCUUGGCUCGUUUCCAUUAACAAUACUUAUGUUUCUCAGGAUUGCAUGGCAUUUUUUUGGAACUUUCAUGGAGUGUUUGCUUUGUGAAAAAGUUGUGUUUUAUUAUUUAUUUAUUUAUUCAUUUAUUUUUAUCCGUACUCAAUUCCUGAUGGUAAAAAUCAUAGAAACAUAACCUAUUAUUAUAAUUGAAAAACUAGAAAAUCUGUCUUCUUAGUAUGUUUCCCAAAUUUGAGACAGCCUGUUUUGCAUGUCUCUUGUCAUUUCAAUGUAGUCUCUUUGGUUCCUAAAGCUUAAUUAUUAUAAUUUGACCCUAUUUUGCACUUCAUUUUAGGAGUUGCUUGAGUGAAAGCAUAUAUUGAUAGGGUUCUUUUUUUCAUUUCAUUUCUUUUCUUUCUUUCUUCCCUUUGUGAGGGGAUCUAAUUUUUGUAGUUAAUCAAUUGACAUGAUGAACUCAUUAGCAAACUUUUUCUUGAUUUAGCAGGAAAUUGGUACAUGGAUCAAAUGGAUAGAACUUUUAGAAAUUGCUAAAAUCCUAUUGAUUGUGAUUAUAUUUUGACUUCUGUUUAUCCAUUUUAGUAAUGAACAACUUUGCUGAAGAAAUUCAAAUGAAUACUAUAAAUGUCAUUUAGUCAUUUCUUCAACCAUAUUUUCAAGCAUUCUGGUUUUAAGGGCUUGGGCUUUCUGGCACAGUACGUAUAUAAUAUAUCUAAGUUUGAUCGUCAUUAGUUAAUAAAGUUUUGGAGACAAAGCUUAGUAUCAUGCCUGCUUAGAUGACAUGUAGAAACUGAUGUAUAAUUGCAGCACACAUACUUGUACAUACGGGAUUGCUCUGAUAAUUGUAGAUGACUUUUAUGCAGGUUGGUUCUUCCUCUAUUCCGAAUCCAGAGCUUCAAUUAUCUUCUGCUGUAAGGGGUCAUGGGACAUAGACAAAUGUUCAACCCUUCUCAAUUCUUCGAGAUGGAGCAGGAUUGGAGCCAUGGCCACCCAGCUGCUGGACAGUCCUAUGUUCAUAUGGGAAGGGCUGUUUCUCAAGAAAAUGGUUCCUUUUCUCAUCCUAUCAAUCCUCCUUCAAUAGAUGGACCCAGCUGUGCCUCUCGGCGGAACCUGGAAAACAGAGCUCUUGAGCAUUCCUCUACAUAUUUCAGGUCAGAAGGUCCGCAAGUUCACACUCCCCUUUCUGCCCCCCGACAUGAUGUAUUCCCCCACUGUCCAGCUGGUGGAAGCUUUUACCCUCCUCCAGAGCUCGAUGCUACCCAUGUUCAUUCUAAUCACCACAACAGGCAUGGUAUCCAUGAAGGUGAGGGUGGUCUACUUGAUCAUACAAUGAGUGCUGGAAGAGGGCCAUUCAAAAGAAAAAGCCCUGGUGUUCCUACCUCGUGGGAAAGAGGUGGCACCAGCAGUAUGUACAGUGCAGGAAGUUCCUCCAAUUCUUUUGAACUUCACCAUGAGAAACCAACUUCAGAUUAUAGAAAUUACUUUUCAGAAUCCUCUGGUUUACCUCCCUAUAUGGGUAGCAGCCUGUCAAUUGGGGGUGAAGAUCCUCCAAGGAAUGUGAGAAGCAGAUCUAGACUUGAUUUGGAGCCCAACCCAAGGAGAACCCAUUCAUCAAGUUACACGUCCCAUCCUUUUUCUUCAACAUCUCAUCUCCGAAACCAUCCAGGGCCAGUGGAUGUUGCUAACUUAAAUGCUGACAGAACUGCUUAUGAGCAGAACCAAAUUGGUGUUCCACCUCCUGCACAUGGGAGGUUUCAUACUUCAGAAAAUAAUUCCUUGAGCCAUGAGAUGAAUCAGCAUUAUGCUGGAGGGAAUCCUACUGAUAUUCGUCGGUACAACCAUGAUUCCAUCUUAAGCAGAAAUCCCAUUGCACCACCACGACAUCUUCAUGGUUUUCAUGCCCAGGCUUCAAGGGAGGGUCAGAACAGUUAUUCUCGAAGAGCUAUACCUACACGUCGGGCUGAUAUAAACUCCUCUCAUCUCAGACAAGAAGCUGCUGCUGUGGAAAAUGGUCAGCAUGUUCUUUCAGAAACCCAUAGUUCCAGAUAUUCAAGACCACUUUUGUCUGGAGGUUGGCACAGCAAUCAUAGAGAAGGAAGGUCAAGGAUAUCAAUUGAGAGAUUCCAGUCACUUUCAAAUGUGGUGGAUGUGCGUGAUAGAAUGGGAUCUGAGGCUCUUAUGAUGUUAGAUCACUCAUAUUUAUAUGGCUCCAGAAAUUUCCUUGAUCAAUACAGGGACAUGAGACUGGAUGUUGACAGCAUGAGUUAUGAGGAACUACUUGCUCUAGGAGAAAGGAUAGGGAAUGUCAACACAGGAUUGCCUGAAGAUGUGUUUUCAAAGUGCUUGGUGGAGACAAGAUGCCAUUCUUCAGACAAAGCCCAGGAAGAAACAUCCUGUGCUAUCUGCCUUGAAGAGUACAAGAGCAUGGAUAAAGUUGGAAUGAUAAGGAACUGUGGACAUGUUUAUCACGUCGACUGCAUCAAGAAGUGGUUGUCAAUGAAGAACAUGUGCCCCAUCUGCAAAGCACCUGCUGUUGCUGAUGGUUCGAACAAGGAAUGAUUUGCUUUUACUUCCUCUAUUUGAUCUUAUUCACUUUUAUCUUGUAUAUAAUAAUUUGGUUGGUGAUGGGAUUUGAUGACACCAUUUAUAAAAAUUUAAUUUAAGCUCA